AUGUAUUCUGAGAACUCAGACUGUGUGGUCAAAAGACAGCAGGAGAGAUGUAUGGAGAGGAUCGCCCUGCACAACCUCACACACUACCUGGAUGAUGGCUGUCCGUGGAUGUGGGAUGACCUGGCUUGUUGGCAGGCCGCAGCCCUAGGUGAAGUGGUAUCAGUCAGAUGUCCUGAAGUCUUCCAUGACCUCCUGAGUCCUGACGAUGAGAUUGGUUGGAUCAGUAGGAACUGUACAGCAGAGGGCUGGUCAGAAACAUUUCCUCACUACGUUGACGCCUGUCUGUCAGACGAUAACACCACCAGCCCGGACAUGCACUAUGCAUCUGUGAAAGCUCUGUACACAGUAGGAUACAGCAGCUCGCUGGUCUCUCUCACCACCGCCAUGACUAUACUCUGCCGGUUCAGAUCUUCCUACUGCACUAGAGUCUCUUAUGUAUCAAUUAGUGUCUUCAAGUCACUGAACCUUCGUCUUAUAUCCAUCUUUGUAAGACAGAGGAGGCUGCAUGAUAAAGAGUCCAUAUCUACACAUUGUUACAUUCACACCGUGGAGUGUAAAGCAGUGAUGGUAUUAUUCCACUACUGUGUGAUGUCCAACUACUUCUGGCUGUUCAUCGAAGGCCUGUACCUCUUCACGCUGCUGGUCCAAACCUUCUUCCCAGAGAGACGUUACUUCUACUGGUACACCGUGGUAGGAUGGGGUGAGUACUCCACCAUUUGUGUGACUGUCUGGGCUACUCUGAGGCUUCACUUUGACGACACAAGUUGCUGGGAUACCAACAACACCACUGCCCUCUGGUGGGUGAUCAAGGGACCGACGGUCGUCUCCAUCAUGAUCAACUUCGUCCUGUUUGUUGGGAUCAUAGUCAUUCUGGUCCAGAAGCUCCAGUCGCCUGACAUCAGGGGGAAUGAGUCCAGUAUCUACCUGUAA